UCUGAGAUUGCGAAUUCUCUUUUCAGACAUUCCGUGACUAACCAGUCAGUGAAAAACAACAAAACAAAUCCCACUCUCUCUCUGAACUUUCUCUCUCUAGCAAGCCAUGACUGCAGCCACCAAAAACCACCACCCCUCCUCCUCUAAACCACCCAAGAAUCACCACUCGACCCCCAAAGCAACCACCUCACAAACUAACACCACUCAAAACUCUAACCCCGCUACUAACCCUAACCCCGCAGCUAAUCCAUCACCAUUAUCUCCCUCCCUCAAAGACCAGGUGUUGUCACGCGCCACCCACAUAACGCGCCAAGAACUACUCAAAAGAAGAUCCCACAAGCUGAAACAGCUCUCAAAAUGCUUCAAAGAUUAUUACUGGGCAUUAAUGGAAGAACUCAAAGUUCUGUACAGAGAGUACUAUUGGAAGUAUGGUGUUAGCCCAUUCAAAGAAGACCACCAAAACACCCUUCAAAAAGUAGAGCAGCAUAAGCAGGGUGGUGGGUUUGGUGUUUUAGAGAGAGAGAAUGGGGAGGGGGAGGCUAAUAUUGAAGUUAUUGGUGAAAAUAAUAAUAAUGUUAGUGAUUUGAAGAGCAAUCAUAGGUGUUUGUUUGUUGGGUGUAAGCUAAAGGCUAUGGCUUUGACAAGUUUUUGUCAUCUUCAUAUACUUUCUGAUGCAAAGCAGAAGCUUUACAAGCCUUGUGGUUAUGUUAUCAAAAGUGCUCAGGCAGGACCAAUAACAUGUGGAAAGCCAAUACUGAGAUCAACUGCUCCUGCACUCUGCACUGUCCACUUCCAAAAGGCUCAGAAACAUGUGACUCAGGCUCUGAGGAAAGCAGGCCUUAAUGUCUCCUCAUCAAGUAAGCUUGCUCCUAAGUUCCACGUCAUCGUGACAGAAUAUGUGCGUCAAAUUCAAGCCAAACGGAAGGCUGCAAAAUGAGGAAAUCAGCAUAAAGUCAUGGAUAACGAAGUGACUGCUAGCUGAUCUGUUUGUCCAUUGCAGAGAUGACUUGUGAAGCAUGAGUGACAGUGUACAUUGUUAGAAUAACCCAUGAUAUGCUUUUUCCGGAUGUUUAUCUUCCGGCGGCAGCACUAGGUGUUGGACGUUCCAGUUACUCUGGUAAACACAAAUGUGUACUGAUGCUAGACGAUUGUAACAACUCUGAUGCGCUGAACCUUUAUUUUAUUUAUAAAAGCUUGUAUAGCCAUUCAACUUGAAUUGGUGGAUGAUGGGACUGUAUGUGCCUGUAUAUGAUCAUGAACCUGUGCUCCUUUUGUUUUUCUUCAACGAUGAAGAUUGUAUGGCAGAAUUGGGCAUUUUAAGGUCAGCCAGUGGGCUGAAUGCUUCUUCUUUUAUAGUGUGAUUGUAAAACAUUGGUCUGUGUCUGUAAAGCAUGACCAUGCAUUUUAAAUUCAGCUGCUGAAACUAGUCUAAAUAAUGCAAGGAAGACCACUGUUGGGCUUUGGAGAGUUUCCGGUGGGACCCAAA